AUGCCCAGUGGAACACGUAAUACACUGAAUGAUUCUGAUAAGGAAAACAUGAUGGAUUUAAACCAACAUGACCAAAUAGAGGAGGGGGAUACAUCGGGUUAUUCAGGCGCAAAAACUUAUGACUCCGACCAAGAUAAAGAUGAAAAACGAUGGUUACGUAGAGAAUACAGAACUCUAAUAAUUGAAACAGAAGAGAAAAGGCAAGAUUACCUUAGACCGGAAUCAAAUGGUCUUGUGAAGAAUAUAGAAAAGGCAAACGAGUUGGUUCAAAAAGUAAAACAUACCUACGAAGCGGCACUUGAUUCACGUCUUCUCGUGAAAACCAGUGAUUUAGGCGUACAAAAGGCACGUCUUAUGAAACUGGAUAAUAAUGUAUUUGAUGCUGACGAUUAUAUAUCAAAGUUAAUUACUUUGAUGGGUGGCAGACAACUCGACAAUGAAGACGAAAGGCCAAGUCUUAAUUGGAAGACAGUCGGAGAAAUUGCUUCGCACUGUACUCUGCGUGUUCCUACAUUGGACUUUAUGCUUGGCCCACUUUCUGUUGAACAGAAAGGUCGCAAAACAGGGGUUCGACAGACUUUGGUAAAAGAUAAAAAUGAAAUGAUCGUGCCAAAGCAGGUAAUACCAUCCAUUCCCAAUUUUUUCCGAGCGAAUUU